AUGACAGAUUUGAACUACAACGACACAAUAGGGAGAAUAGCAACAGGCUCUUACCAGCCAGUGGCUUCAGUCCAGAGUGCUGUUCUGCAGACUACCCAAGCUCAACAACUUAGCUCUGCCAGUUCUUACGCUGACCUCAAUUAUCUAUUCGGGGUACAAGACACGACAAUGAUUGCACCGAAACCCAAUCGCAGUCGUCGCAAGUCUAGUCAAGGCUCUGAGCAUACGAAACAUCGCCGAACUAGAAGUGGGUGCUACACUUGCCGCUCAAGGCGAGUCAAGUGCGACGAGGCCCACCCAAUCUGUGAAAGAUGCAAGAAGGGUGGCCGGGAUUGUCUAUAUCCAGAAAGCCCCACAACAUCGAAAUCGUCGGGUUCGGGAUCAUCGAAGACAGCAAAACGGGAGAGCCCUGGGUCAUCGUCGGAUGAAUAUGACGAAGGAGCUGGGCCAGAACCCCUAGAGGCGAUCCGAGACGAAGACGAAGAUGAAGACUCGCACGAUGUUAUUCCAGGGCCGAGUAUCUUGAAACUUGCCCCGCAGCGAGUUAUCAAUAACCCAGCCUUCAGUGGACAGAAGCCAACCACCAGACACAGUUCCGAAGCACCGUCACUGGUUCAAGAUGGAGGCAAUUCGCCAACUCCAUCGACUGAAGGAUCCGUGGGAUAUCCUGCAUACCAAACCGCCGGAAGUGCAAGGACGAGAAUCGAUUGGUCCCAUCUUCCGCAAGAUCUUCAAUUUUACCUGGCGUACUUUUACCAAAACCUUACCCACUUGCAUUACUCCUUGAAGUUUGAUUCGGGUAAUUUUCUGCGAACCCGCUUCCUGGAUGCGGCUCUCCGCAAUGAGGCCCUACUUCAUGCCGUUGUUGGGUUCUCCGCCUACCAGCGUACACUACACAACCCCGAGGGCAAGAUAAACGACUUCCUGCAGUAUUACAACAAGGCUGUGUCUCUCCUCCUCACUUCAUUGAGGAGUGGUGCGAGACACAACACUGCUAUGAUACUGGCUAUCUUGCAGCUCGCAACGAUAGAGGAAUUUCUUGGCGACUGGCCUAACUUGCUUGGCCACCAGAAAGCUGCGUAUGAACUGCUGACAGAGCUAUAUACUCCGCAGACGGUGAUGGAGGAUGACAUGACGCGAGUGAUGCUUGGCUGGUACAUGCGAUUUGAUGUCUUCGCGGGCCUAAUGGGCGGCUUUGAAACCGUACUAUCGAGAGAAUGGUUUUCGUACGCACAUGAUUUCUACCGACAGCAGGUUGCUAAUCAGCCGGCAAACCUUGACUGGAAGAUCGAGCACGCAAUCGCAAAGCAUCGCCUAAUUGCUACGGACAUGUCACUCCUUUUCGCGAAGAUGGGAAAAGGUGAGAUUUCCCCCGAAGAAUUCGUCAAAGACAAUGGAGACAUUGGGAGGAGAAUUGAGGAGUGGAAAAGCAAAAUGGACCCAGCUCUCCAAGAUUGUCGCUAUUUGGUGGCGGACUUCUCUGGCAGCCGACCUCUGGACCCGGACGAUAUCGUCGACCCAUACAUCGCCGGCACUUUGUACGGCGGCCCCCUGUUUGUGAUGAACAUAGCAACAAUUGACUGGUACUCAAUCGAUUUGAUGCACAAAUACCAAACAGCUCUUACUUUGAGGACACAGCCCAACCAGGAGCUUGGAAUGAAGGCAUACGCAACGUGCCAGUUGUUCGAAGCCAUCGAGUUCUAUCCAAGAAGCCCACCCGGGGCCGUCUUGUCGAUUCAGGCGAGCUUGGGCAUGGCUUUGUUGUUCCUUCCAAGAGAUUUACAACAUGCAAUGUGGGCGCGUCGCAAACUGGCAACAAUAGAAACAAACGGCUACAUAUAUCCAUACACCUUUCGAACCAAAAUGGCAGACCUCUUUCGGGACCGGUCAUGUAUGCAUUGGUGGCUUCCGAAUGAUGAAGACUACCCACCAAUCAUUCGCUCUAUUCGAAACUUUGUCGAGGAGCGCACAUCUGAAGCUAAAACUCUACCAGCCGAAGACCUCCGAGAUAUGAAAGCAAUAUUUGCAUCUCUGAAACUCGACGAUGGGAUACCCAGCGCUCCGGCCCCUGGAGUCAAGUCAAAUUCGACCAUCGGUAUAGCUGUUGCAGCUACCCACGAUUCGUACUUAGGACACGACAACUUGGCGAGUAUGGACCCCGAGAGGGAUGCUUAUGGACUUGACUUCGACAACGGAUUAGGAUUUUGA